GCCCUACCCACGCUCCCUACCUCCUGUCACUCAUUAUACCUUGCAAGACCUUUUCUAACUUGUUCCUCUGUUUUUUUAUUAUAUCUACAUAUUUUCCGCCGUUGCCCUCCUUCUCCAUCCAUUUCAUAUCCCUACACCAUACCCGCAACUAUGGACGACUCCCACACAGCUUUCGCAACUCACUACCAUUCUUACGGUUUUGAUCUCGACAUGAUGAAGAGGUCUAUGGAGUCCGUUGGCGGCCCUGAUGCUAAAAAGGCCCGUUGGUCCCCCACAUUUAAUGGCUCCAAUACUUCCGCUGCGACACCUAGUACUGCCACUCGCGAUGUUUUUGCCAACUAUGGUUACGGUCCACAUGCCCAGAUCAACCAGCCUUUCCAACCUGCAUCUCCUGCCUUCUCAAACCCGCUUUACUCUACUCCGAAUCUUACGAUUAACACUGCUGUUAAUGGUGCGGGCAUGAACCCUCAAAUGAGCCCCGCACAUCCAACUGCGUUUGCCCAACAACAACAGCAGCACUCACCCCAGCCGAACGGUAUGGGCCCAUAUGCAGGAUUUGGGUACAACAUGCUUGGCAUGGGUUUACCCGGAAUGAACAUGCUAGGCGCCUUUCCCUACGGUGCGCAAGCUGGUAACUAUGGCCAGCAAUCCCGAUUACCUUCUUUAAAUGUCAACAUUCCCCCAACCCCAGGUGCUUACUCGCCUGCCGCUAUUUCUGCUGCCCUUUCUGCAACGACCAAUGCCACUGGUCGCACUGUUUACGUCGGCAACCUCCCCGCCACAGCCUCGGUUGAUGAGUUACUUAAUCUCGUGCACUUUGGUCCCCUCGAAUCUAUUCGUGUUCUUCCUGAAAAAUCAUGUGUCUUCCUGUCCUUCCUGGACGGUGCAACCGCUGCAGCGUUCCACGCCGACGCCACCAUCAAAAAGCUCUCCCUCCACGGUCAGGAACUCAAGAUCGGGUGGGGGAAGCCGUCUCCUGUCAGCGCACAAGUGAGCCUUGCGAUCAGCCAAAGCAACGCAAGCCGGAACGUAUACCUCGGUGGCCUGGAUGAGAACACGACAGAAGAGCAAUUACGGGACGAUCUCAGCCGGUUCGGGUUGAUUGAUCAGGUCAAAAUUGUCCGCGACAAGAACAUUGGGUUCGUACAUUUCUUGAGUAUCUCGGUUGCUACCAAGGUGGUUAACACGCUCCCUACUGAGCCAGCUUGGGCUGGAAAACGCGUCAACUAUGGCAAGGAUCGUUGCGCGUACAUUCCAAAGUCUCAGCAAGCUGCUGCACAAGCUGCCCAGGCUGCUGCCGCGCAAUCUCUCGUCGCUCACUCUGCCAAUCUCAGCCCUGCUCCGGGUCCGAACCCCUUCGGCUCGCCAUUUACGCCAUACCCCUUUGCAACUGACAUGACAGGCGGCCAAAGCCUCAAUCGCACGGUGUACUUGGGCAACAUUCAUCCCGAAACGACAGCAGAGGAUCUGUGCAACGCGAUCCGCGGUGGUGUGUUGCAGAGUGUAAGGUACAUGCAGGACAAGCACAUUGCUUUCGUCACCUUUGUCGACCCGGCGGCGGCGUUCACGUUCUACCAAGUGGCAUCCUACCAAGGCCUCACCUUGAAUAACCGUCGGCUCAAAAUUGGCUGGGGCAAAAAUUCCGGUCCACUGCCGCCUAGCCUCGCGCUCGCUGUGCACUCAGGAGCCACGAGAAACGUAUAUGUGGGCAGCAUUGAGGACUUUGAAUCGUUCAACGAGGAGAAGCUCAAGAGGGACUUCGGGGAGUUUGGAGAUAUCGAGCUGGUCAAUUUCCUUCGGGAGAAGAACUGCGCCUUCGUCAAUUUCACCAAUAUCUCUAACGCUAUCAAGGCCAUUGAUAGUAUUAAGAUCAAGGCAGAUUACGCGAACCUACGCAUCGCGCAUGGCAAGGACCGAUGUGCCAACCCGCCGCGAUCGGGUCCCCAAGGUGGCUCUUCAGUCAGGCGGAGCGCUAGUGGAAAUGGGCCGGCAAGCGCAGAGCCCAUAAGCGCUAUCGAGCUCGUCGAACCUUCCGGAUUUGCGGCUCCUGAGGACGAAGGGAACAAUGCCAAUGUCAUUAUAUCUGGGCCAGAGGAGAUGGAAGCAUCCAUUUAAAUCUGGAUCGCCCAAGGAGUGAGAUGUGCUUUGUGCUGUGGAUGUGUCCCGUAUACCCCGUGUUUUGCGCCCGCUCUCUCAAAAGUCGCCAACCACGAGUGGAUGAGAAGGAUGGCCUCGGAUGUCCUCGCGAGGGGGGACCCAUUGGGCUAUUGGUUGUGGUGUUUUUUAUUCACUUGUCUUCCUCAUUCUGUCCAUUGUCAGUG